AUGCAAGGCCAUCCUAUCCUUAAAGCCGUUUCGUUGCCGACUCAAGCCACAACUGAGCAAACCGGUUCCGAAAAUGUUCGUCUUUUUGAUGACACAGCAGAGGCUCAAACCACAAACUCAUCAGAUGAGCCUUUGGUGCUACAGCGACUUAGACCUCAUCCGAUCUACUUAGCUAAUGACGCGCUAUCUACCUUGCUGCUUGUAUUUGCUUCUCCUAGACCGCCUAUCCACGAUAACGCUUUUAUUCCAGUUCCAGUAUCUUCCUUAUCCACAGUCAAAUUCUCAUAUCUACCAGUCUCCUUCUCAUCUAUCCAUCCCGUUGCUGCAAACUCAGCUAUCGACUCGGCAUUGUUAUCUAACGGGCCUAUGAAAUCAAAAGCAGUUGAUCAACCUGGCUCCUCUUCAGUAGCAAAUAUCCAACUCUUCGACCUUGAUGAUGAAGGUCCGUCUGGCCUUCCUGGUUCGAAUGAGAUUAAUUGGUCUUCAGGCCUUUUGCAUGUCUGGCUCAUCCAA